UCGGUUUUCCUGCUCAAGUUCCUUUGCCGUUAAUAACCAUGCAGGUGUCCUUCGCAUGUACGGAUCAGGGGUUUAAGGCCCCGCGCUCCAGUGAGCCGAACAAACAGAACACGUCGAGUCCGAGCACGGCCAGCGCAGCACGGGCACGGUUCCGUACGGUGGCGCUGAUCGCCCGAAGUCUGGGCUCCUUUACGCACAGGCACCACAUUUCCCUGAAAGAGUCCACUGGAAAACUCACCGGCAUGAAGUACAGAAAUCUUGGGAAGUCAGGACUACGAGUAUCAUGCCUUGGACUCGGCACAUGGGUGACAUUUGGGGGACAGAUUUCAGAUGAGGUGGCAGAGCAGCUGAUGACUAUAGCCUAUGAAAACGGGGUCAACCUAUUUGACACUGCAGAGGUCUAUUCAGCUGGGAAGGCUGAAAUAAUCCUAGGAAACAUUAUCAAAAAGAAAUGUUUGAGGAGAUCCAGUCUGGUUAUCACCACUAAACUGUACUGGGGAGGAAAGGCAGAAACAGAGCGAGGGCUCUCCCGGAAGCACAUUAUUGAAGGUCUGAAGGGUUCUUUGCAGAGGUUGCAGCUGGAGUAUGUGGACGUGGUUUUUGCCAAUCGCCCUGAUAGCAACACUCCUAUGGAGGAGAUAGUGAGAGCCAUGACGCAUGUCAUUAACCAUGGCAUGUCCAUGUACUGGGGCACGUCACGCUGGUCAGCGAUGGAGAUCAUGGAGGCGUAUUCUGUAGCAAGGCAGUUUAAUCUGAUUCCUCCUGUGUGUGAACAGGCCGAAUAUCAUUUAUUCCAGAGGGAUAAAGUGGAGAUGCAACUGCCUGAGCUUUACCAUAAGAUUGGAGUUGGGGUGGUAUCCUGGUCUCCUCUAGCCUGCGGCAUCAUCACAGGGAAAUAUGAAAACGGCAUCCCAGAAUCCUCCAGGGCCUCUUUGAAGUCAUACCAGUGGCUGAAGGAGAAGAUUCUGAGCGAGGAUGGGAGAAAGCAGCAGGCGAAGCUUAAGGAACUGACCCACAUAGCUGAGAAGCUCAGCUGUACCCUUCCACAACUUGCCAUUGCCUGGUGCCUCCGUAAUGAAGGAGUGAGUUCUGUUCUCCUGGGGACCUCCAACCCUGCACAGCUCACUGAGAACCUGGGGGCGAUACAGGUUCUUCCAAAGAUCACUGCUCACGUGGCCUCAGAUAUCGACAAAAUCCUGGGUAACCGUCCCCAGAGUAAGAAGGACUACCAUCACUAGGUCUUUCUGUGAACCUGUAAGCCUUGAGACUCAGGAUCCCGUUCCAGUCCUCUUGUUUCACCAGGUGUCCACAGUGUGAGAUUCCCACCAUUGUGUGUCUGUGUCAACUUCUCCUGCAGAGAGCCAUUGUUACAGUUACAGUAGAAAUGCUAAAGUGUUAUGCAUGCUUCAGUCCGACCUAAACCUGAGCUCAACAUCACAUCAAGGUCUCUGUGGAGACACACCUGCCUGUGAAGCACAGAAGCUCCCCAGAUCCCUCGUCUGUGGGUUUUCUUAUUCAGCUGUCAUAGCUCAUAUGUGCUAAAGUCAACCUGUUCUUGACCCUUGACCUCCGGACAUCCAUUCUGAAAAGGGACGAAAGACAGGCCCUUAUGAAUGGCCCUGAUUACCGUCUAUAAAACACUGUAGUAAGGAAAAUAUCAUUCUGAGAAUGUACAAACUAGGAACUGUGAUAUAUGGCAGAGCAGCAUGUAGAGUUAAACUGUGUACGAUGUGUGUGCAUUGGUAAAAAUGUGUUGGAUUAAAAAGCCAUCAACAGC